UACGUUUAUCUUCAAGGUCGAGGCGGUUAGCACACUUAAUGACAAUAAUACAGAGCUUUUCCUCCAUAAUUCAGUUUUUAUCACCUGAAAGGAAAUGUGGAUGUAAGGGAAUCCGGAGUUGUGCAAUAUGUGACAAUGACAACAUUCAAAAAGAUAAAGGACGACAGCUUGACGAGUUCACAUUUUGUCCUUCUUGCGAUAUGGCAGUCGUUGAGACAAACAUAAUGUCAAAAGAGUUUCAUGUCCAUCAAGGUGGUUUUCCUUUCCUGGACAUCGAAGUUAUUCGGGAUUUUGUUGACGAAAAUGAAGAAGCAAUGUUAGUCGAGGAGAUCGAUAAACAAGCAUGGGUUUUAUCUCAAUCUGGGAGGAGAAAACAGGAUUAUGGACCAAAAGUGAAUUUCAAACGACAGAAGGUGCACAUUGGAGGAUUUGCUGGUCUGCCAGCAUAUUCUAGGUUCCUCAUAACACGUUACAAUGACUUGAUUAGAGAGAGCAAAUCUCUUCGCCCUGAAUUUCUCCCAGUGGAGUUGUGCAACCUGGAGUAUAAAUCAGAUCGUGGAGCUUGUAUUGUACCGCACUAUGAUGAUUCAUGGUUGUGGGGUGAUCGAUUGGUGACUGUCAAUUUGAGUGGUGCCACUUAUUUAACUUUCACAUUACCGACAACUGAUGUGGUGGAUGGCAUAAACCACGAAUUUAAACGUGUCCAAUCGUAUGUGCCAAAUAUUUGUCGGGGCUCAUUUUGCGUACGUGUGCUGCUGGACAGACGUUCCCUUGUGGUUGUUAGUGGACCUGCACGAUAUAUAUGGCAACAUGAAAUUAGGCGUUCAGAUAUACCUAUCCGACGUAUUGCUAUGACAUUUCGUGAAUUGAGUAGUACAUUUUCCCCCGAAUCAGGUAAUAUGACAGACGAACAAAAAUUCGGUAAGAAACUCUUGGAAAUCGCUUCCACAUACCCUCAUAUGUGAAAUAAAAAGAUGAAAUAUAUAACUGUGUUAAUAACAACUAACAAAUAUAAACCCUUAAAGUUUUUCAUUAAACUUAAACUUGACAAGCUACACUCACAAAAUCAUUCUAUUGAAGAGGCGCACCAAUGGUGAUGAGGUUGUUUUAUACAAAUGGUAAAACAAUCAAUAAACUAUAUAAUCUCUGUUCCUCAUAACACUCAACUCUUUCGGUUACAGGAUCAUCAAGCUCCUAUAAAUUCUUUUAAGUUAUGUUCAGUAAUAUUGUACUAACAGGAAAGCGAUUCUUGAAAAACUCCAUACAAUGAAACCCAAAUGACAAAUGAACCAGCAUAAUAUGAGUUAUUUCAUGCUUUCUCUUCAGUUGCCUACAAUCGUAUUCGUAUCAAAGUGUAACAUUGAGGUAUAAUAAUAAUAAUAAUACGGAAUUAUAGACAUUGGCGACGGAAUAGAAAAAAAAGCCCAGUUAUUAGAAAAUUCUAUACGUUAAAAUACACGCUCACAUUAAUUCAUUGAGAAGUGUGUCAAAACAUAUGGAUGUUUUAAGUAUGAUACAACAUAGAAGAAAGCUUGCUUUGUAUAUCUUCGCUUUAAUAAAGAUGAAGUUACUGAAACAAUUAUUGACAAAGUAAAUGGCACAAUGAAAAUCGCUCAUUCAGUAACAAGAUUAUUCAACUUACAUAAAGUAAACUGCUCCCUUGAAAAAAAAAAGUCGACAAGUCUUCUUCUCUCAGUACCUCCAACUACAUAUAUCUAUCUACGUCCAAAAGCGUAUAUACAUAUAUAUUCUCUAACACGUUUCAAAGAAUGCGAGACUAAAACUAUUCAGUAUCUAAUUGGUAGCAGGCAGAGUUCAAACUGGAUUUGUUUCCAGACAGAGAAAUAUCAAUCUACCACUGCCUUAGUAAAUACAUCUUUGUCAAGAUCAUCUACAAUUAUUGUAUUUAUUUUGUCAUUCAAUCUUUGCUAAACUAAAUGUUAUUUCAUCUACGUUAAAAUUAUAUUUUCAUUCGCCUACUUCUUAAUACUUAUAAACACUCAUAUGAUUUGGAAAUGGUAGAGAAGAUUUAUAGCUCAAGUGGAUGAUUUUGAUGAAGCUCUACGACCAAACCAUUCAGCUCAGAGAACAAAACUCCGUCAACGGUUUCCGCACUUCAUCUAGUUACUGUCAUACUCUGUUUCUGAAUUCCAUCUUCACAUGACCUCACGCAUGCUUUAUAUAUAUAUAUAUAUAUAUAUAUAUAUAUAUAUAUAUAUAUAUAUAUUGCUAUUUAAAACCAUUGCUACUUCAAUUCUCUCCGUCUGUAACUUUAUAUUAUUAUUGUGUCUUAAUGUUACACUUUAAUACGUAUACAGUUAUGAGCAGUUGAAGGUAAACCACGAAACAAAAUGAAUUCUUUGUUGUGCCUCAAUUGUUGCUUUGACUUUUAUUCAAAUAAUAUUAUCUUGAUAUUGUAUUCUUAACACUGUAAUUAAGUCAUAUUUCCCCCCAUCACCACCACCAACUAAUUCUGCUUAUAAUUUUGAUCGUUUAAUAAUAUAGGAACUUGUACAUAUAAAUUAGAUGCUCAGUAGUUGUCUUUACAAUUUAAGGUUUUCUAACAACUUUAUUUAUGUAAUCUUUCAGCUUAAUUAAGAAAAGUAGAGAAAUUUGAUGAUGAUGAUGAUGAUGAUGAUGAUGAAGUAACGUAAAAUAUGAUCUACUUAACACUUCUAGUGGAUAUUUAGAGUAGUAGUAGUAGUAAUGGUAAUCGGAUAUUAGUCUGUUGGACCGAGAUUAAAAUUUCUGAGACAAUUAACCAUACCUUCUUAAAACUCAAAUGAACCACAUCUCUAUUCAUAUGUGAAGAAUCUAGAAACUGUAAAUUAAUCCUUAAACUCCUUCAAAGGUAAAUUAUUUGAAAGAUUAUCAAAUAUCUACAUUAAUAAAAUAUUAGUUAAUUGUUACUUUACAGUAAAUUAAGAUUUAUG